CUACGGCAAGUCCACAGGAUCAACAAAUCGUGAAGAACGACGGAUUUAUAGCAUAUUUGUUGUUGGAAAUUAAAUACCGGUUUCUUUAUCGAUUGCAUUGUUAUAUGUGUACAUGUCAAUACUCUUUGUAAAUUAUGUUCAACAUGCUAGCUAGCGUAUUACGAUUGUGAAAUCGUUUUUGUAGCCCUUUGAGUAUGUUAACGGCGUGACGUCAAACCAAGUCGUGUUGACAUCAAGCUACAUGAGCUAACAGAUAUAUUCAGGAAGAUCAACCAACCCAACCCUUGUGGACUUGCUAGAUCCAACUUUAAUGUUCUCAUGGUGUUAUUCGGAUAUUCGUGGUCUCAUGUGCAUAAGACAUGCAUAACGGAUAUAACGAGAUUGGGUUUGUUCAGCAAAUUCUUAGCUUGAAUUUGGUCCCAAGGAAAAAUGGCACCAAUCGAGGCAACGACACAUCGCUUAGCGACUUCUCAGAGAUGUGGUAUGGAGUCUUCUUGUGGGCUGCUGUCUCUUCACUGGUGUUCCACCUCCCCGCUGCUCUCCUGGCCCUCGCCACCCUGCGACAACACAAGAUGGCCCGCUUCAUGCCCAUCGCCAUCCUACUGAUGGGCAUCGUGGGCCUUGUGUGUGGUGGAGUCCUUACCAGUGCUGCCAUAGCUGGGGUUUACAAAGCAGCAGGGAAGAGGAUGAUCUCCUUGGAGGCCUUGGUGUUUGGAGUGGGCCAGUCCUUCUGUGUUCUCAUUAUAUCCUUCCUCAGAGUCCUAGCUACACUCUAGCACAAGGACACAGGAAUUCAAGAAGGGAGUGAGAACAUGCAAUCAGCAGGACGGCAUAUGCAAGAGACAGCUGUUCCUUCAGAGGCCUUAUUUUCUAUAACCAUUACCGGAUGACUCUUUGUUUGAUACAUGAUUAUUUUCCAAAGUGGUAUAUUUUAGGGCUAACCAGAGGCUCUGUCUUCUUCAUUCAGAUUGUUGUGUGUGUGGCUGUGGCACUAUACUCUGAACUAGCCUUCUCAUUUUGUGAGUUAUGUGUAUCAUACACAUGGCUGGGAAUGAAACAUUCCAGAAAAAUUGCACUCUACAAUUUGGUUGAGUAAACUCUUAAGUUUUACUGUUCAACAGCCUGUAAAAGACUAGCCUAUACAUGUCUGAGCCUGCAUGCCUUUAGAGAAACACUAAAGGAGAACAUUCUCUGCUCCUCCCCAAGUCAUUCAGCUUAAUACAAUGUCUUGACUGAGGUGUAAUAUCGUUACAAUGAGGCACAGUGCUUGAUGAUAUGACAUUGGUAUUGACAUUUUAAAUAUUUUAAGUCAGACAUAGCUACAACUUUAAGCUUUGUUAUUUCCACAUGUGUUUUAUAGCAUUAGAGAUUGUCUAUACUUUAACAUUCCUACUUGGGGUGUGUAAAAUAAAGUUUGUACAUAAUAUUUAAGCCCAUUCCAGUUUAUUCUGUAAGCAUAGAGGCAUUCUGUAUAUUGCUGAGAACCAUGGGGCCCUAAAAACUCAACUCUCGACCUCGAAGCAAGUUCCUCAGCGUUUUUUUCAUUGUUCCCUUCUAAUCAAGGACUGAUUCAGACCUGGGACAUCAGGAGGCUGCAAUUAAUGGUCAAGUAGAACAGAACACCAUCAGGCUCUGGACUUCAAUAUACCACUGCCAUAAGGAAUAGAGUUGAUCCAUGUAUUUUAUUCUCUUAAAUAUUUUUCUACGUUGUUAGGGGUAUUUUCAGAUGGUUGAUCAGCGGGUUACGUCCAGUGUGUAUGCAACACUUCUUUCUGAGUGAAAUCUUAAUAGUAGCAGACUGCACUUGGUUAUCUGGCAUCAACACACUUAUAGAAUUGUAUGUCUCUUUCAAGAACCUUUGCAGCAUUGCUCAGUUUUUGUUAAUUUUAUAUUGGCCUUGGUGUUAAUGGUGAACAGUAUAUAGGAAUAGUGUAAUAUAUUGUUACUUUGGCAUUGAUUAUGCUAAAGGAAGAGGCAACCUCACUCUAAACCAUGAAUGUGAAUCUAAUUUCCUUAAAAUCCCUUGUGGAGUUUCUUAAACUUUUACCAAAGAGAACCGAUUUAGUUUAAACUGAAAGCCCCCCAUGUCCCGAAAUCCUACUUUAAGGAUUUUGACAGUGUAUCGAGAGUAUAAAUCUGGAGUCGUGUGUGUAAGGACAAGGGUAAAGUCAAAUUUAGCAAGAAAAAAAAAAUCACAACUUUGCAGAGAUCUCUUAUUACAUGCAAAGACUAGUGAAAUGAAGCAUUAAUUACAGUUAAACUAAAAUGUUUUUUAUUAUUCAGCACCGCUGCAUGCAGAUUGUCCAAAACUAUCAGCAGAUUAGUGACCUCAGUGUAGUGGUCAUUAUAAGUGCAGUAAAUAAUACAAGGGGUGGAUUGAGAACAGACAGGUUAUAGGAAUAAAUUAGGAUAUUGAGGUUGGCUUGGCAAUAACACUACUGGGUUAUGAAUCAUUAUUGUAAUGUAGACAUUUGUGGUGAUUGAAGUUAACAGCAGGCCAGAGCUGGUCUACGUCCUGGCAGUGACAUGUUGAAAGCCAUGCUCUGCUUAUCUAAGCCUUGGACACCUCAAUUCCACAGAGUUUAUUUUUUCUAAAGUUCUUUAACUUUCCUCAUUGUAGCAUGACUGCACACUGUUUGUUAUAGCUGGUUGGUUUGUCUCAAUUUCCAUUAAGUUAAUGCUCUUUAUUUACCAUGUGAUUUGAAUCCAUGGAUUGAUUUUGUUUUUACAAGGUUGAUUUUAUUACAGUAAAUUAAGUGCCAAUUGUUAAUAUUUUCAUGUAAUAAAUGUUUACAUUAAUCGUU